UGAAUGUUACGGUAAUGAUUAUUAUUAAAAUUAGCUAAAACAUGCUAUAAUGGAGUUAUAAUCCCACUCUCAAAGCUUGUUUUGCAGAAUGUAAGAGAAAGCUGCAUCUUUAUUCUAAUGCAAAGCAAACAGUUUAGCUAUUUUGUAAUUUAUAUACAUUGUACAAAGGUUGAAAGUAGCAGGAACUGUCCACAGUCUAGCAAGACUCUCAAAUACGUAGACGGUUGUCCACAAACACGAGAUGAUUGGAUGAAUGCUGCAUUGAGAAAAAAUUGCUCAGGCAUCAAGCAAGAGUGUGUUACACCAGAACUCUUUCAAUACCACUGUGUGAUCAAUUCAUUCAUAAAUGCGACCUUGGAAGUCUGUGCCCCUACUUGGUUUUGUAUAGGAUUUUGUGCUGAAUACAAUAUGCAAGGAGAAAGAAUUCAAGACAACUUCAAUGCACCUUGUACAACUUUUGCGAAUCCAUGUCCGGCAAAAUACGUAUCUUCUGAGGCAUACUUAU